GUUCAACGCCAACCCCAUUCCCACACAACAGGACAUUUUACUUUCAGGGCCUUUUCGUUUUUCCCCUGCUUUAACGCUUGAAUUGAACCACUUAUCCAUCUCCUCUCUUUCUCUCCUCUGUAUUUCGCUCAAUGAUCCCAGUGUAACAUUUAGAUGCUUGUGUGCUUUAAGCUUCAUAUUUCCAGUUCAGAUCCAAUCAGAACAGGGCUUUAACGGUCGGCCGGGAGGCCAGCAACUGAUCGUUUUUCUUCCUCAACGUGGAUCACCGGAAAUCCAAGAGACUUGCAAUCGGCUGGCAGAAAAUCAGGGAAGGACAGAAUGCCUCAAGAAAGCUACAGCAGCUCAAUGUUCAGCUCGCCAAGCAAGAGCUGGAGAGGAGAAAAUGGCUUGAUCCGCCACAGCAGUGAAGCUCCACAUGCCGAAGAGAUCAUCAAUUACGGCGGAUUAGCACAGAGGAAAGCUGAAGAAGCAGCUGCAAGGAGGUACCAGGCGGCGCAAUGGCUGCGGCAAAUGGACCACGGCGCAUCGGAGACGAUGCCAAAAGAACCGACGGAGGAGGACUUCCGCUUAGCGCUUCGCAAUGGACUCAUUCUCUGCAAUGUUCUUAACAAAGUCAAGCCCGGCGCCAUCCGCAAGGUGGUGGAAACUCCAGUGCUGGAUGUGCAGGCGACGGAGGGUGCUGCGCUGUAUGCUAUUCAGUAUUUUGAGAACGUGAGGAAUUUUCUAGUCGCUGUUGGCAGAAUGAAGCUCCUCACGUUUGAAGCAUCUGAUCUUGAAAAGGGAGGCUCAUCGAGCAAAGUUGUGGAUUGCAUUCUGUGUUUGAGAGGAUAUUAUGAGUGGAAGCAAUCUGGAGGAAUUGGAGUCUGGAAAUAUGGUGGAACAGUGAGAAUUAUGUCCUCUCCCAGAGACCCUCCAUCCUCUGUCGUGAGUAGUGAAAGUGCAGAUGAAUUACUGGAUGAUUUUGAAUCAUCACAAUAUGAACAGCUAUUGGGGUUCCUCCACUUAUAUACUGACUCACAUGAGGAUUCUAGAGCAGCCAAUAUACUCACGUUCAUGUUCGAUUAUUUUAGUCUCGGUCUUCUGCAAGCUUAUCUGACAGAAACAAAUGGAUUUGAUGACUUGGCUUUAAGUCCAAUGGCCAUUGAUAUGGUGGUGAGGAAGGUUGUUAAGGAUUUUUCUGGGCUGCUGGCUUCCCAAGGCAAUCAGCUUGGUUUAUUUCUGAAGAAAGUUCUGAAUACCGAUUCCUCUCCUCAAACAAAAUCUCAAUUCCUCGAAGCAAUAUCAAAGUACCUUAGCAAAAGGAUGAGUCUUGUAUCAAGAGAUAUUUCCAAUUUCUGCAUUUGUGGUGGAAAAGGCCAAGGAACAUGGCAUUUGAAUAACUCCAAUUGUAGUGUAGAACUGCUUGAUCUGCAGCAGAAACAGUUAGAGGAUUUAAAAGCUCUUUUACGAGAGACAAAGCAAGAAGUUAACCAGAUUCAAUUAGGAUGGGAGAAAGAACUUCUUUGGCUGGGCCACCACAUCAAAGGCCUUGAGGUGGCAGCUUCUUCAUUUCACAAAGUUUUGGAAGAAAACCGUGUGCUUUUCAAUCAAGUCCAAGACCUGAAAGGGACAAUCAGGGUUUACUGUAGGGUAAGGCCGUUCCUUUCAGGACAAUCUAAUGGACAGUCAACAGUGGAUUAUAUUGGAGAAAAUGGAAAUAUCAUGAUCGUCAAUCCACAGAAGCAGGGUAAAGAUGCAAGGAGGGUUUUCUCAUUCAAUAAAGUUUUCGGGAUGAAUGUGACACAGUAUCAAAUAUAUGCAGAAACUCAACCGUUGGUCCGAUCUGUUCUUGAUGGUUAUAAUGUUUGUAUAUUUGCCUAUGGUCAGACUGGCUCUGGGAAGACCUACACAAUGAGUGGUCCGAACUUGACGACAGAGGAGACAUGGGGAGUGAAUUACCGUGCUCUACGUGACCUGUUUCACAUUUCAAAGGCCAGAAUGGACCUCAUAGAAUAUGAAGUUGGAGUCCAAAUGGUUGAAAUAUACAAUGAACAAGUGAGAGAUUUGUUGGUCACUGACGGAAGCAAUAGAAGAUUAGAUAUUCGAAACAACUCUCAGCUCAAUGGUCUUAAUGUUCCUGAUGCAAGUUUGAUUCCUGUUAAAUGUACUGAAGAUGUUCUUGAUUUGAUGAGAGUUGGACAAAGAAAUCGUGCAGUGGGUGCCACAGCUUUGAAUGAGCGGAGCAGCCGAUCCCAUAGCAUUUUGACAGUCCAUGUCCGAGGCUCCAUCUUAAAGGGUUGCCUUCACUUAGUAGAUCUAGCUGGCAGCGAGAGAGUGGAUAGAUCUGAAGCUGUAGGUGAGAGAUUAAAAGAAGCUCAACAUAUCAACAGAUCGCUCUCUGCCCUUGGAGAUGUCAUUGCUGCCCUGGCGCAAAAGAGUUCUUAUGUUCCUUACAGAAACAGCAAACUCACGCAAGUAUUACAAGAUUCUUUAGGGGGUCAUGCUAAGACAUUGAUGUUUGUGCAUAUAAACCCAGAGGUUAAUGCUCUGGGAGAGACAAUUAGCACCUUGAAAUUUGCUGAAAGAGUUGCUACAAUAGACCUGGGGACAGCCCAAUCUAAUAAAGAAACCAGUGAAAUUAGAGACUGUAAAGAGGAGAUCGCAAACCUGAAGACAAUUUUAGAGAGAAAGGAAGCUGAAUUGGAGCAGUUGAAAAGUCGCACAAAUGUUCGAGGUGCAGCAUCACCUCUUCGGAUGCCAAAAUAUAACAAUGCCAGUUCAAAGCCUGAGAUGAAUGAGAAACAUGUAGACACCCAAAAUACAGAGGUGAGAAGCUGUUCUGCAGGUAAGCAGAGAAGAUCUCGGUUUCCCUCUCUCACAGACAAGGAUGUCAUGCCAAAAAUGCCCCUGCUAGGUGAGGAAAGAUCAAUAGGCUCCAUUAAGCCAAGAUCUCCUUCACCUCCAGUUCGGAGAUCAACAUCCACUGACAGAGGCACCAUUGUGAAAACAAGAAUAAAGUCUGACGCACUUGAAAAUCCACUAGUCAUAAGAGCACCAUUUCCAUCUAGUGUUUCUGUCAAUAAACCUGUUGCCAAUUUUCCAGCAACUGUACCAUCAACGAUGAACCCACGUCUGAAUCGAGGUUCACAAGAUCCACCUUUUCCAGAUGUUUUGAACAGCCUCCACAGGGUCACACUUCGUAAAGCUCAUCCAGGAAAUGAAGACGAGCAAUUUAAGCAAGCACUGAAUAUUCAGCAAUACGGACUCAGAAAAACUAAACCAGACAGUAAGGUCAAGACUAAACAUGAGUCAUCAGCUAAAAUUCAGAAGUCUAGUGGUGCAGAGAGACUGCUCUCUUAUAUGGACAGUGGUAAAGCAUUUGAGGAGCCUCAAAAACCAGAUAAUUCAGAUCCUGAAAUUGAACAUGGACCUAUUCGCACGCCAGUAUAUAGCGCCACUCAGGAGAAGAAUCUUCAUAGGAAUUCUCAAGCUGUAGAACCAAGGUAUUACAGAACUACUUGCUUUACAAACUAAGCUUUGAUUUUCUCG